AUGAUGUUAUUGAAAUUAUGUUUCAUUUUACUUUUAUUGAAUAAAACAACUGAUUCAUUUCGUUUAUAUUACACCGAACAAAUGACAUUACAAUAUGAUUGUUUAUACUACAAAGUACUUGAUGAUAUUGUGUUAUACACAUAUUAUGAACCAAAUUUUCAGAGUCCUUAUCAAAUUAUUUCAUAUUGUAUACGUCCAUCAAUAUUAGAAGAGAAAAAUCUUAUUGUAAAAGGUGACAUUUUCUCGGAAUAUACAUUUGAAGAAUUAAAAUUUGAAUUAAAAAUUACAAAUUCAAAUGAUUUAUUUAUUUGGCAAGCACCCAUUGAUCUUAUUGAACUUUAUGAAACUUAUCUUAAUGGACAAAAUCUUGAACUUAAAGAUACAAAAUUUUAUAAUUGUACAUCAGGUUGGUUUGGAAAAUUAUGUCAAUAUUCAUUUGACAAAUAUUUUCAAACAUCAUUUCAUGAUAUUGUUAAAGAUACAUUUACGGUAAAGAUUCAUGGAUUUCAUAAAAAAUCAGUUGAAAAUGUGACAUUCUAUGAACAUUUCAAAUGUGAACGUGGUUCAUUGGAAACAUUUAUCGAUUGGCGUGAAAUAUGUGAUGGAAUUAUCAAUUGUCUUAAUGAUGGUAUAGAUGAAUUAAAUUGUUAUGAAUUAGAAAUAAAUCAAUGUGAAGAGAAUGAAUAUCGAUGUCGAAAUGGAAUGUGUAUACCCGAAGAAUUGUUCAAUGAUGAUCCAAUGAAUCCUGAUUGUCUCGAUAGUACAGAUGAAGAUAUAUUCUACAUGAAAGAAGUAAGAAGAGAUGGAUUUAUAACUUGUUAUCGUGAUCCAGCAUUCCGUUGUGAAGAAGCAGAUCAUCCGAUUCGAUUACAAAAUUUCGUUUGUGGUGAUGGUGAACGAGCUCGUCGAAAUUAUCCGCAAUAUUUAAAUGAACCUUUUUGUUUCAAUGGUCGUCAACAAUUAUUAGAAAAUGCAUUUCUUUCCUAUUCUACUCAUUCGAAUUAUCUAACAAAGCAAUGUUGGCGUUUAUUAAUUUGUUUAACAAGUACUUUUCCAAUAAAUUGUUCAUCAAUUUUAUGUGAGAAAACAUCCAAAGACGACUGUACAAUAGAUUUUCAAACAGAGUGUAAUUUAACAAAGUUAUUUUUUGUUUUUCCACAUAAACCAAUUUUACAAGAUCAUAUUCAAUUUGUUUAUCCAACAAAUCGAACAAUUACAAUUCGUUCAAAUAAAAAAACACGUUUACCACAAGCAUUAUUACUUCCCACAUAUAUUUGUUACGAUACAAUACGAUGUCCAUUCCUUCCAUCAAAUUCCCUAUUAUCUAUGAAUGAUAUUCUUGGAAUGAUGAACAAUCAUUCGUCAUCUUUAUCUUGUCAAUUAAUUAACAAAUUGGGUAAUUUCAAAACUAUGGAUGAUAUUAUUGAAUUCUUUCAAAGUUGUUUAUCAAUUGAUCAAGUUACAAAUCAAAUAUCUUUUUGUAAUUUAUCAUCAACUUUAUUCUAUCAUUGUCCGAAUACAACAAAAUGUAUUUCCAAACAUCGAAUACUUGAUGGAAUAAACGAUUGUUAUGAUGGUAGUGAUGAAAUGUAUUCCAAUUCAUGUGAAUUAAAUGAUGUGAAAUUUCGUUUUCGAUGUUCAUCAAGAAUCAAUGAAACAAAAUAUGACAUUGAAAUCAAAUAUGAAGAAAGUCGACAACAAGAAUGGUUUUUUCCACAGAUUUGUAAUGGUUUUGUUGAUGUUGAACCGAUUUUAAUCGAUGGUGAAAUUGAAACAGAUGAAACAAAUUGUGAUAAUAAGAUUUGGCCAUGUAGCAAUCAAUAUACUCGAUGUGAUUAUGCAUGGUCAUGUUUAAAUGGUGCUGACGAAGCUUAUUGUGGUCUAUCAAAAGUCUGUCCUCAACCUGGUUAUCACGAAUGUAUAUCACCGGAUACAUAUAAUGUUGUUUGUUUACCUAUAGAUAAAGCAAAUGAUGGAAAAAUUGAUUGUCUUGGAGCGACAGAUGAACGUUUAUAUUGUCGAGAAAAUGCAGGAGAAUAUUUGUAUUUAUAUCGAUGUUGGAAUGAAACAAUAUGUGAACUGGUUUCAGCUGUUUGUAGACAUGACAAUACAUGUCCAUCGAAAAAUAUAGCAAAACAAUGUCAAAAUCGAAGUACAUCAGUAGUUUCUGUUCUUAUAGAUCUUGAUUAUGAUGAAAGUUUAUUUUUACAUAAAGGGCCAAAAUAUUUCAUGUUCAAUCAGACAUCGAAUGCUUCUAUUUUUGAUAGAUAUGAAGAAAAAAACUUAGUUAAUCAAUUCAAUACAAAAAGAUCAAUGAUACGUUAUGUGAGUUUUUCCGAUGCUUGGUUUUGUAAUCGUGGUAUUUUAAUUCCAAAUACAUUGGAUUGUCUUUGUCCACCAAGUUAUUAUGGUAAUCGAUGUCAAUUCCAAAAUGAACGAAUUAGUUUAACUUUAAGAUUUCAAAGAUUAUGUGCACCGAAUUGUCAUGGAAUAUUUUCUAUUAGUAUUCUUCUUAUUGAAGAUGAUGAGCAAGAAAUCAUUCAUUCAUAUGAAUAUUUAACUUAUAGUCCAACAUUAGAUUGUAAUAUGAAAUAUAAUCUCAAUCUUCUUUAUAAAAUUCGUCCGAAAAAUCGAACAAAAAAUUAUCAUAUUCGUAUUGAUGCAUAUAAUCGCACGGAUUUAACGUAUUAUUCUAGUUGGAUUUUCCCGGUAAAAUUUCUAUUCUUACCAGUCUAUCGUCUAUCUGUUCAAUUAACAAUCCCAUCAGAAGCAACGAUAAACCUUUGUGAGGAAACUUUCUCUUGUGGUAAACAUGGUAUUUGUACAAAAUAUGAAAAUACAAAUGAAAAAUAUUGUCAUUGUUAUUCCGAAUGGUUUGGACGAGAUUGUAGUAUUCAUAAGAAAUGUAAUUGUUCAUCAGAUUCUCUAUGUAUUGGAUAUGUUCAUAAUGAAUCGAUAUGUAUUUGUCCAUUGAAUAAAUUUGGUCCACGUUGUUUCCUUCGUAAUAUAUGUGAUCAAUCGAAUACGUGCCCAAAUAAUGGUUUAUGUAUUGCAGAUGAUGAAAGAAUAUCUGAAAAGUCUUUUCAAUGUUUAUAUUAUCAAGAAUCUUUACAAAUGAAUUCGACAGAAAUUUAUUCUCAAAUUGAAAUCUCAUUUUCGAAUAUUGAAAUUCCACAGUUAUUACUUAUUUAUUUGAUAACUGUAGAAGCAAUGAAACAUCCAUGGUUUACAACAUUUCGAAAUAAAAUUUCAUUUGAUCAAAAAUCAACAAUAGUUUAUACGAAAACACCAUUUCAUAUGAUUUUUAUUCAGAUUGAUGUGAAUUUUUAUUUAAUAUUUAUUCAAGAAAUCUAUCAAUAUCAAUCUCGAUUAAAAGUUCAAGUUAAAUCAUCUCAAUACUGUCCAUCAAUUAACCAGUAUUUAAAUUCAACGAUUUUAUCAUAUCCAAUCCUUCGACGUGUCAAAUACUAUCAUCUUGUAUGUCAGAAAGCAGCACAACAUGUUAGCUGUUUUCAUGAUAAUGCAACAUUUAUGUGUUUAUGUACCAAUGAACGACAUGCAAAUUGUUUUCCAUUUGAUUUUAGUUUAAAUUAUCAAUGUAAUGGAAAACAUGAUUGUAAAAAUAAUGCAAAAUGUUAUCAAGAUCGUUCAGUUUGUCGACAUUCAACAAUAUGUAUAUGUCCGGAAUGUUUCUAUGGUACACGAUGUCAAUUUUCAACAAAAGGUUUUGGCCUUUCACUUGAUGCAAUUCUUGGUUAUCAAAUACGUCCACGUAUUUCUAUUCAUCGACAAUUAAUAACCGUUAAAAUUAGUAUAAUCUUAAUAAUUAUCAUUUCUAUGAUAGGUUUUCUCAACAGUCUGUUUUCAUUUUUAACUUUUCAAUCGGAAAACUUACGCCGAGUUGGUUGUGGACUUUAUCUUUUAUCUACGUCAAUAAUUUCAUUUUUGUGUAUGAUUGUAUUUAAUUGGAAAUUUUGGAUUUUUCUCUUGUCACAAAUGUCUUUAAUUGAAAAUUCCAAUUUUCUUCAUUUUCAUUGUAUGUUUAUUGAAUAUUUCUUACGAUCAAUAGUGAUUAUUGGAGAUUGGCUCAAUGCUUGUGUUGCUAUUGAACGAAUAUUCACUGUAAUAAAUGGUGUGAAAUUUAAUAAAAGACAAAGCAAACAAAUCGCUCGAUGGAUUAUAGUGAUUAUUAUUUUAUUGACGUUUAUUUCAAUGAUCUAUGAUCCAUUAUAUCGAAAAUUAGUUACGGAUCAAGGAGAAGAAAGAAUCUGGUGUUUAGUUCAAUAUAGAAAUUCAAUUGAAGUAUUGAAUUCAACUAUAAAUAUAAUUCAUUUUAUAGUUCCAUUUUUAAUCAAUUUUAUUUCAGCUUUAAUUAUUAUUAUUAAUACGACAAGAAUACGUUUUCUUGCUCGAAAAAAUCAUUCUUAUAAAACACAUUUCUUUCAACAAUUAUAUCAAUAUAAACAUUUAAUUAUUUCACCUAUUAUUCUUGUUCUUCUUGCUCUACCUCGUCUAAUUAUUGCUUUUAUAAGUGGCUGUAUGAAAUCAUUUCGUGAUCCUUGGUUAUAUUUAAUUGGAUAUUUUAUUUCAUUUAUUCCACCUGCUCUAAUUUUCAUUGUGUUUGUUUUACCAUCGGAUGUAUAUAGAAAAGAAUUUCAGAAAGUUAUUCGACAACAACAAAUUGCUAUAAGGAAAUUUUUAUCCAUUCGAUGA